AGAAGAAGAAAGAAAAAGGAGAACUGAAUUGAAUUAGAUUAGCAUGAAGGACCUUUUCACGCGGAGACUAAAAGUACUGCGCAUAACUUCCUGCUCAGAAAUAUAUGCAAAUAAGAAGACAGAUCCUGAAAGAGCAAGCUAGGAGAGUACAGGUCGUGCUGCAAUUAGUUCAUUGAAAACUCAUUUGCUCUUGGAGCAGUCAGGCAGUGACUGCCUUCGGCUUUUUUUCUGCUGACUAAGAUCUCCUAUAGAGAGCUACAACAAUGCCCAAAAGAAAGGCUGCAGGUCAAGGUGAUAUGAGGCAGGAGCCAAAGAGAAGAUCUGCCAGGUUGUCUGCUCAGAUGCUUGUGCCAGUUACACCAGAGGUGAAGCCUAAAAGAACAUCAAGUUCAAGGAAAAUGAAGACAAAAAGUGAUAUGAUGGAAGAAAACAUAGAUACAAGUGCCCAAGCAGUUGCUGAAACCAAGCAAGAAGCAGUUGUUGAAGAAGACUACAAUGAAAAUGCUAAAAAUGGAGAAGCCAAAAUUACAGAGGCACCAGCUUCUGAAAAAGAAAUUGUGGAAGUAAAAGAAGAAAAUAUUGAAGAUGCCACAGAAAAGGGAGGAGAAAAGAAAGAAGCAGUGGCAGCAGAAGUAAAAAAUGAAGAAGAAGAUCAGAAAGAAGAUGAAGAAGAUCAAAACGAAGAGAAAGGGGAAGCUGGAAAAGAAGACAAAGAUGAAAAAGGGGAAGAAGAUGGAAAAGAGGAUAAAAAUGGAAAUGAGAAAGGAGAAGAUGCAAAAGAGAAAGAAGAUGGAAAAAAAGGUGAAGACGGAAAAGGCAAUGGAGAAGAUGGAAAAGAGGAAGAAGACAGAAAAGAAACAGGAGAUGGAAAAGAGAAUGAAGAUGGAAAAGAGAAGGGAGAUAAAAAAGAGGAGAAAGAUGUAAAAGUCAAAGAAGAUGAAAAAGAGAGAGAAGAUGGAAAAGAAGAUGAAGGUGGAAAUGAGGAAGAAGCUGGAAAAGAGAAAGAAGAUUUAAAAGAAGAGGAAGAAGGAAAAGAGGAAGAUGAGAUCGAAGAAGAAGAUGAUGGAAAAAAAGAGGAGCCGCAGAGUAUUGUUUAAAACUGCCCUAUGUAGUUUCAUAAUUUGGUAACAUGUACCUUCAUGUUGUAAAGUUAAUAGAGAUAAAUAUUUUUAUCAAAAAUUUUAUAAACACAGCCUUUCUUUAGCAUUGAUUUAAUUUCAGAACAUCUUCAUAUUGAUUAUUAGCCAUAAAGUUUCUAACAUGAAACAUUUAUCUAUAAAUUUUGUGAUUAUAGUAGUGGAAUAUAUAGAAAAAAAUAUGCUUUCAACUUUGUGAGUGAAUUUCGUGUUGUGUAAGUUAUAUGUCAAAUCUCUGAAUUUUAAUUUUACUCUUUUAUACGUGUGAUAAUUUCAUAAAGUGAGGGAUCCCAAAAAAAGAGUUCCAUCCAACAUUCUUGUUCUGCAGGUUGCUUUUAUAAAGAAGGUGAACUAUUUUCAUGUAAUGUUAAGAGUUAAACUUAUCUUUCCCAAAUAUAACUUUAUUAUUAGCUUGGGAAAAAUGAAAUUGUAUUCCCAUUUUUAAAAUAAAUACAAAUGUUUAUUUCAGAAGGGCAGUUUUGAUUAUAUGUGAAUGCACAAAUUUUACUGGAUUUAUCUUAAUAAAAAGACUCUUUGACAAUGA